GAGGCCUCACCCACCCUUCACUUUCUCCAUCUUCUACUCUUCCGUCUCCCUCGAUUUCUCAGACAAACUCUCUCUCUCUCUCUCUCUCUCUCUCUCUCUCCGACCUUAGUUCCAACCACCAUGACUGCUUACAGAGGCAAAUACGCUGAUGAGCUCAUUAAAAAUGCUGCCUAUAUUGGCACCCCUGGAAAGGGUAUUCUAGCUGCCGAUGAGUCCACUGGUACCAUUGGAAAGCGUUUUGACAGCAUCAAAGUCGAGAAUGUUGAGGAGAACAGGCGUGCUCUUCGUGAGCUCCUCUUCACCGCCCCCAAUGUCCUCCAGUACCUUAGUGGAGUGAUCCUCUUUGAGGAAACUCUCUACCAGAAGACAGCUGACGGCAAGCCUUUUGUUGAUGUCUUGAACGAGAGUGGUGUCCUUCCUGGUAUCAAGGUUGACAAGGGUGUUGUUGAGCUUAAAGGUACCGAUGGUGAGACCACAACCCAGGGUUUGGAUGGCCUUGGUGCCCGCUGUGCUAAGUACUAUGAAGCUGGUGCCCGGUUCGCCAAGUGGCGUGCUGUGCUCAAGAUCGGUCCCAAUGAGCCAUCUCAGCUUUCAAUCAACGAGAAUGCUAAUGGCUUGGCUCGUUAUGCUAUUAUCUGCCAGGAGAAUGGUUUGGUACCCAUUGUUGAGCCUGAGAUCCUUGUUGACGGACCCCACUCCAUUGACAAGUGUGCUGAUGUGACUGAGCGCGUCCUUGCCGCAUGUUACAAGGCUCUCAAUGACCACCACGUUCUUCUUGAAGGAACUCUAUUGAAGCCCAACAUGGUCACUCCCGGAUCUGAAGCCAAGAAGGCUUCACCAGAAGUGAUUGCUGAGUACACAGUCCGUGCCUUGCAGCGCACUACCCCUGCAGCUGUCCCUGCUGUGGUGUUCUUGUCUGGUGGACAGAGUGAGGAGGAGGCUACCCUCAACCUUAACGCCAUGAACAAGCUCAAGGGAAAGAAGCCAUGGACUCUUUCCUUCUCCUUCGGCCGUGCUCUUCAGGCCAGCACUCUCAAGGCUUGGUCAGGAAAGAAAGAGAAUGUCAAGGCUGCCCAGGAGGCUCUUCUUACAAGGGCCAAGGCCAACUCAGAGGCAACCUUGGGAACCUACAAGGGUGAUGCCAAGCUCGGUGAGGGUGCUGCUGAGAGCCUUCACGUCAAGGACUACAAGUAUUGAGGAAGUUUAGACUUCUUUCUUGUGUUUUGUUUUUGGAAAACUAUCUUCUGAGUUGUGUAUCACAUUGGCUUUUUCAGGCAUUUAGUUUUAGGGAUUUUCAAAGUUCUGUUUUUCAAUCAUAAUCUUGGCCUGUAGGGAUUUUGUAGAAUAAAAGGCUUGAAAAGCAUUGACAUGUUGAGUUUGAA